GCGGUAGGAAUUGGUCGGCUGCGGCAGGGGGUGCUAGGAGUCGGACGGAAAUGGUAGAAGGUGUUUGGCGGUGGCUAGCGGUGAUCGGAGGUGGUCGAGGACGACAAAGGUGGUCGGAGGUGAUUGGCGGUGGACGCGGCUCCGCUUUUGCUCACGGUGAUGACCGAGCUGAUCGACAUUUCUAAGUCGCAGUUGACAAGUAGUCUGACGUACUCGCUUUGUACCGACUCGAUCUCAAGCUUCUAUACCGACACUACUUUGGCUGCUACGAAUGUCGGUGCGAGCUCGUUGGGUAGAGUCGAUACGCUUUCAGGCCCACCUGAGCCCGCCUGCCCGCCGAAAACUGCACAAAAUUUUACCCAGGAGUAUCAGUCUUCGUGUUCUUCAGUCAACGACUUGUGUCAAGAUCUUACCAACGGAGACUUGAUAUUGACUCGAAUGUGUCAGAAGCACUGGAGCCCUUACGCUCGAAAGUACGAUCCACUCAAAGCUGGCAGCAUAGAUGGCACCGACACAGUACCUCACGACAAGGCGGUAAGUCGAGCCAUCGAAGCGCACUAUGAACCGCCCAGGAAUCUGAAGUCAAAGCCAGAAAGAACCUUGUUUGUGGGCAGACUAGGAUCUAAAAUCACAAAGCACGAUUUGAAAGAGUGUUUUUCCAGACAAGGAGACGUGCUGUCUGUCAAAUUGAUCGUAGAUGUUGUGACAGGACUUCCUCAGGGCUACGCCUUUGUUGAAAUGAAGAAUGUAGAGCAGGCGCACAGAGCUGUAAGUCGACUUCACGACGUUUCGCUCAACGGUUGUCGUAUAUUCGUUGAUUUUGAAUGCGGACGAACUAUGAGCGGAUGGAAACCCAGACGAUUAGGUGGCGGCUUCGGAGGUAAGAAAGAAUCUGGGCAGCUGAGAUUUGGGGGAAGGGAUAGACCUUUCAAAAAACCUAUUCUACCAGUGUACAAUCAGUGAAGCGAAUUGCCAAAAAUCAAAUAUUCUAAUUUUAUUUCCGUGUAAAUAAUGUAAUAAAAACGAGUGAAUUCCUGAAUAAAUAUUUUUUACAAAUUGA